AAGAGCUAUUUUAAGUAACGUUCCCAUUUACAUUGUGAACAAUUUUUUCACCGAUGAGAAAUUAGGCAGCGAUUGCGCAAACGCAGAAUGACUCCUCUGAGGAGGAGAGAACUUUGAUAUUUGUCUGUUCUGUUUUUGGUGAUUCCUGGAUGUCUGGACACAAAUCCUCGUUCGACAACGGGAUACUUCACGUGUUAAUCAUGAAUUGCGAAUGCUCUUAAUUUUACAUCAACAUGAAUCGAACAAUGCUAGAUGUUAGAGGUUUAGAAAAUGAUUUUGAUUGGUGGUUUAGUAGAAGAUCGUGGUUUGACACUUCAUUUUUUCCUGAAAGAUCAGAGGAUUUGUUUCAACAGAUAUUACUUGAAUUACUUUGUGAUCUGAGAGAUAUUUCUCUUUAUCCACGAUCAAAUGUACAACUAAGAAAUCGUAGAACCAGGAGAGUACCAAGACAGAGGAAUAAUGAACGACAGCAAUCUAGUAUAAAUAUUACGCUCCAGUUACCUUCACAGUCUGGAACAAAUUCCAUAUCCAGGAGUACUGAUGCCAUUAAUCAGUGUGGUCCACUUGCUGUUGGCGAUGAUGUGGAAAUCUGUGCUAUAUGUCGCGAACAAUUCAAGGAAAGGGAUAAUAUCAGGCAGUUACCUUGUGAACAUAUUUUUCAUCCCGAUUGCCUUCGUCCAUGGUUACAAAGACGGAGAACUUGUCCUACAUGCCGCCAAUAUUUGAAUUGAUGUUGAUUGUGAGAAUGACAAUAAUAUUAUAUACAUAAUUAUUUUAAAACUAGCAAGAAUAAGUUACAUAUCAUUGUAAAUCAUUUCUGUAAUUUAAUAGAGUAUGUUUAGUUUGUAAUGUGUUUAAUCUAUAUACAUAAUUAGUAAUAAUCAUAUAUAUUAAAUAAUUUAUAUAAAUCUAGGAUAAUAUUUUUCAAAUUUCAUUUCAUGUAAAUAUUUUUAUAUAUAAAAAAAUUGAGAGAAUAUCCAGAACUGUUUAGAUUUUCUUCUAAUGGAAAGUUUCUCAUUGUUGUAAUAUUUAAUAGUCUUAAAUUGUUCAUUAAUAUUAAUUUAAUUAUAUUUUAAACAUUAAUUCAUUAAUUUUUAUCGUAAAUUUAUUAAUGAUGCAGUUUAUUAUUCAGAAAUCUAUGAAAUUUGACUCCUAAAAUUUUUCAACGUUUGUGAGUAGAUAAUUUUUUAAAAUAGACAAGGAUUAAAUUUUUGUUGCACAAUGUGUCUGCAUGUGUAUAUACAUAUAUAUUAUAAAAUCAUUGAUUUUUUAAUUAAUUGAUGUGUAAUGUUUACAAAA